GCAUCAAGUUCUACGAAUUUGCUGUCGUGUGUGGGUCUCGCCAGAUCCGUUAGGCUCAAACCACCGCUGCAUCUUGGUACAAACAGCGCUAUUCAUAUUGAGUCAUGGUGCUCGUGAAAGUUCACAGGGUGGUUCUGCUACUGUUGUCUCUAUAAAUCUGUAUGCUGAAAUGUCGGCCAUCAAUGUGGAACCCAAGCGUUGCUGCUAUCAGCCACCCGCAGCAGCGGCAGGAGGCUGAGCCAACUUCCAACUUUCCGUCAAAAGCAAAAUAUCGUAGACCUACUGAAAUUUUCCUUCGUUCGUUCCCAGAACUUUGCGACAAUCCUGCAAAGCCGCAGAGUACUGUCCGGCAUCAUGAAGUGGAGAUCCAUGUUCAAUCGCGACAAUGAUGGUGCGACGCGCAUGAUUGACGAAGCCAGCGCUCUGCUCCCCACCCACGCAGACAACAUCCCCAGCGCCGUCCCCGCCAAAGAAGUCACCAGAAUUGCUCUGCGUCUCAAACAUCAGAUUGAGCAAGUCGUUCCAUGCGAGCUUGAGGAGGAUAGAAUCACUGCCGCUCAUUCUAACAUCAUCACCCCGGCCGUCGUCGAAACCGCCCGUUCUGCUGGCAAGCAUGGCCGCUCUUCAUCUUCCGAUAACGAUUUUUCAGCUUGUGUUGUUUUCUGCUUGUUGAUCUGCAAGAAGUGGUUCAAGCGUCAAGCUUUGCUGGAACUCUGGGAUGCUGAUAUGCAUGAAGUUCGUGCUGUUGCUUGUGAAGUGAUUGCUAAGGCCAUCAUUGAAUCAGAGGAAGACUCCGGUUUCUUGCUGCAAAGCAUUCUUCUCAAGAGAUACAGCAUCAUCAUUGAUGGAGAAGAGACUGCUCCCAACAACGUCAUUGAGAAGGCUGUUGACCUGCAUGCCCUCAGAGUUAUCGGAAGCUCCGGCUAUCAGAAGUGCAUUACUUACCUCUGGCGUGGAUGGCUUGUACAAGACGAGGAUGACCCGACUCGCUUUGUCGACUACAAGCUGAAGACUUCGACAAGUUACUGGGACCAUCUCGAUCCUGAUCGUAUGCGCGCUCCCCUGUACCAAAAUGCUCUCCAGGUCUUCAUCAGUAUCCUCUACCUCGGUUUCUACACUGGCGCCAUCAACACCAUCAACCCUACUGGUGAUCUCGAUAUCAUUGAAGGCCUGCUCUACAUUUUCACUCUUGGCUUCCUCUGCGACGAGAUUGCAAAGUUCUGGAAGGUCGGCAAAUACUACUUUGGAUUCUGGAACUCCUUCAACAACACUCUCUACGCCCUUUUGACUGUGUCUUUCGUCACGAGAAUGAUCGCUCUUGGCCACCACGUCGGAGACUCGAACAGAAACAAGUUCAAUGAGCUCAGUUAUAACUUCCUCGCCUUUUCCGCACCUAUGUUCUGGUGCCGUCUGCUUCUCUACUUUGACACUUUCCGCUUCUUCGGAACUAUGCUGGUCGUGCUUAAAGUCAUGAUGAAGGAAUCUCUCAUUUUCUUCGCCCUCUUGUUCUUCGUUAGUAUCGGUUUCCUGCAAGCCUUUGUUGGUCUGGAUCAAGAAGAUCAGAAACUGGAUGCUACCAAUUUCAUCAUUCAAUCCAUGAUCAACGCCGUCAUGGGCAGUCCCGAGUUUAGUGGAUUCGACAACUUCGCCCCUCCUUUCGGAUUGAUUCUCUACUACAUCUUCACUUUCAUCGUUAUUGUAUUGUUGCUGAACAUUCUGGUUGCACUUUACAACAGCGCCUAUGAGGAUAUCACCGAGCACUCAAUCGACGAGUACAUGGCUCUUUUCGCACAAAAGACUUGUCAAUUCGUCCGCGCCCCUGACGAGAACGUCUUCAUCGCCCCCUUCAAUCUCAUCGAGCUUGUCUUCUUGGUCCUUCCUUUCGAAUGGUGGAUGGACAAAGACUCCUACGAGCGCCUCAACGACUACGUAAUGGCCGUCAUCUACAGCCCCCUCCUUCUCGUCACAGCAGCCCUGGAAACAAGAGUUGCCUACCGCGUCCGCUUCAACCGUAGCAGAGGCGAAACAGACGAAGACACCAUCGAAGAGUGGGAGCAAAUGGACGGCGAAUGCGAUUUCGAAGGCGAUGGCUGGGUGAAGAAAUGUGAAGAGACGAAACCUAACGUCGAGUCCGAUGGCACUCUUGUCCAGAUCAAGGAAUUGAGAAAGGAGAUUGAGGAAUUGAAGGAGAUGUUGAGGAGUUUGAAGGGUUGAGCGUCAAGACUUUUGAAGUAGAUAGCUCCUAAAUUGAUCACAAAUAUACAAUCAGACUGCUGAAUUGCAGUAGGAUGGAUUUUGAUUCAAUACGACGAGAAAGAGUCCGAUUUUGCCACAGACCGUAGAGCAUGAUUCCACGAGUCUGUCGGGGAUAUCAAGCCAAUGGUCAGGAUUACCCGAGAACAUGGCGCGUUCAGCUCCCACGACGGGUCCUCCUAGUCCGAAGUCAUUGACAGAAAGAAAGAGAGAGAAGGGCAUCCGAUAUAUCGAGCGAUUUGAAGGAUCAAGAGACGGAUAUGUGAUUUUAACCUCGCAGUUAGGUCGUGGUAAAGAUCGUCUGUCCUUGCGGUAGAUAGCAGAUUC